CUGGGUGCAGCCAGUGCAGCAGGAUGCCGGAGCCUUCCCGCUCCACUCCCGCCCCGAAGAAAGGCUCCAAGAAAGCCAUCACCAAGGCGCAGAAAAAGGAUGGCAAGAAACGCAAACGGGGCCGCAAGGAGAGCUACUCCAUCUACGUGUACAAGGUGCUGAAGCAGGUGCAUCCGGACACCGGCAUCUCGUCCAAGGCCAUGGGCAUCAUGAACUCGUUCGUCAACGACAUCUUCGAGCGCAUCGCNAGCGAGGCCUCCCGCCUGGCGCAUUACAACAAGCGCUCGACCAUCACGUCCCGCGAGGUGCAGACGGCCGUGCGCCUGCUGCUGCCCGGGGAGCUGGCCAAGCAUGCCGUGUCCGAGGGCACCAAGGCAGUCACCAAAUACACCAGCUCCAAGUGAGGCGCGGCGAGAGCGCCCCCAACCCAAAGGCUCUUUUCAGAGCCACCUUCCAAGCUCAAAAAAGGAGCGUGCUACCUGAAUAAUAUUGUCAUUCACUUGAUGAACAUUGGGAUGGGGGUCGGGGGGAGGGAGGGGUUGUACUGGACCUUGGGAUCCUAAGAUAAUACCUCUUGUUCAUAAUGGUAUUAAUAAAUUUGGUUCAAUUUUGGCCACA